AUGAAUUACACCAUCAUUGCCACGUAUGAGACGAUACACCAAGCAGUGGAUCUGGUGGCGAUCCCGUCCCAAUCGUCUCUUUUGGUCGUGAUCGGCUUCUUGACGGCGGGCUUUGCAACCUUUCUGGGCUAUCUAGCCAAGAAGCCGCCUGUGAACUACAAGUCGCCGGCCUUCAUGGGAGACAUGGUGCCAGUUUUGGGGGCUGUUGGGUUUACUCUUCGGCCAUGGCGUUUCUGGGAGGCUACGUCGGAACUCGCCAAGAAGUCCACGGGCAACUUCAGCUUUUGGGUGGGCAAGCGUCAUCUGGUCGGCCUCACCAGCUCGGCCUCACGCAAGCUUUUCUACGAGCACCCCAACCUCGAUCUUGUCAGCGGCGGCAUGCUGCUGCCAUGGGGCGCCCACUUCUGGCCGCCUGUGCACGACAUUUUUCGAGCCGGCUACGCCCGCGGCAUCAACAACACGUACUUUUUGCGGCGUCUCGUCGAUGCGCAGACGUCGCGCCACAUAAACAGUUGCCUGCCACAGCUGCAGAAGGAUGUGGUCCGCGGCCUAGGCGAGCUCGUGGAGUGCAGCAAGUCGCGUUGUGUCAUCAGUCCGCCCGACCUGUGGCGCAUCAUCUUUGACCAGAACAACCGCCUCCUGGUGACCGAGCAGAUCGUCGACGACGCCAAGCUGCGCCGCUUUGUCCACGCCCAGGGCGACACGUUGCUUCACACAAACAGCCCCUUUAAUGUGCAGCUUCCUUGGUUGCCCUCGCCGUCUUGGGCUCGCCGCCGUCUCGCUCGGUACCGCCUCGAGUCGCUGGGUGUCCAGCUGAUCCAACAGCGCCAGCAGCACGGCACAUCGGAGCGCUAUGGUGACAGGGAUGUGCUACAGUCGCUUGUGGACCACGGCGACCGUCGCGACUGGAUCAUUGAGUACUUUACGAGCGCCAUAUUCAUCGCUAGCACCAACGCCGGCGUCAUUGCCAGUCAGGUACUCAACAUCAUGGCCAUGUAUCCCGAAUGGCAGGAGCGCGUGUUUGCUGAGGUGCAGGCUGUGGCUGGGGCGCACUCUCUGGACAAAACAGUGCCACUGGUGGAACGUCUGAACGCGGUGCCCCUCGAGGGCUGGGAGUCGGGCUUCCCCGUCAUGUAUCGGGUCUUGAAAGAGUGCAUGCGCAUGUGGGUGUCGUUCAAUGCGUCGCGUUUUAACACCUCAAGUGACCCCAUCUUCAUCCCAGGCUCCGACGAAGUCAUUCCGGGCAACACAUUUGUCAUCUACAACACAACCGAAUGCAACUUCAACCCAGACCUGUACCCGAACCCGACCAAGUUCGACCCAGACCGCUAUAUGGAAGGUCGCAAGAAGUUUGAAAAGGAGCAGUAUGGGUAUCUCGGAUGGGGCCAGGGCAAGCACCCUUGCGCAGGCAAGCGCUGGGGCAAGUUACAGCAGACACUGGAUUUAGCGUAUGUCUUGGCCAUGUACAAGCUCAAAAGUUGUGACAAAGACGGCAACAUUGACGUCCAAUCCAUGCACCGGAAAGAAUUGGACUCCCGGGAUCCGUUUGUGCUGCCUCCUUCCUAUGUCAAGCUGGAGCCGAGAGAAAAGGUUUAG